GUUCUUUGUCUUCAACUCUGGGCAAUUCAUUCCACCGCCACGUUGCGCCACUCCGGCCAUGGAGCAUUCUUACCGAAGCAGAGACAUCUUGCGCCUGGCCGACUCAGAGCGGUUUCCGCAGCGCGUGCGGGGCUUUACGAGGUUGGACUCCAAUGCAGUGGUGAAGUUCCCCUGUGGCUUCGCAGUGGCUGUCCACCAUGGCCGCGGCACCCUAGCUGCGCUCUGGCCCCUGGGGCGUCCCAAGCGGCUGCCGGCGAAGAUGGAGCACCAAGGGAAGCUUGUUCCUGUGCAGGCGCCUCCUGAACUGGGCGAGGAGUUCUUCCAACGCCCCAACUUCAGUGUGGCGGACGGGGUUCACGUGCGCUACGGCCUCGAAGGCGACCUUCGGUGGAUCGUGAAUGUGCGCCAGGGAGCUUUGAAUGGCCUUUGCUUGCGCUUUGAGCCAGAAGGCUUGUUGAGGCCGCAAGACUCGGGUAUAUUCAAGGAGGGCGUUCUGACAGAACGAUGGCAAGAGAGCUUGCUGCCAGAUGCCUGGCCCCUACAGCGGCCGGUUUAUUCGUGCGACGGCUUUAUUGGAUAUGUCCUGAGCGAGAUUGUGCUACCUAUGAAGAAGGCCUUGCAAUUGGCUUUGUCACCCUGUGAGCAGCGUCUCUGCUACGAGCACCAUGUGGAUGUGGAUGCUGUUCGGCCGAAGGAGCUGAAUCAGUAUCCACCGGGGCAGGGCGCCGAGACGCUGGAAGAAGUGGACGUGGCGGCGGGCGGGCGCUCGCCGCGCGAAUGGUGGCGGCCGCAGGUGAAGAUCGUGGAUCCCAGUAAGGUCUAUGACAACUUCAAGGAAAGACCUUUUCACUUUGCACCUAUUGGCCCAUCGCGUCGUUCUCCUGUGGAAGUGACACCCUUUGUGUCAAGCCGGGCAAACCAGACAGCUGCUUUCAGUGGCUACCAGCCAGCGAUGGCGCCUGUGUUCCAGGAAGAAGUGGAUGAAGAUGCGGACCUCAAGGACAUCUUCGGGCUGGGUGCCAAAAAAGGCCCUGCAGAGCUGGCUGCAUGUGGGAAAUUCUUAUGGGCUGGCCCAUUGGGCUGGCCGUUGGACGGCAGACCGACCAAAACUCUUUAGACGUUGCA